AUGGGUACUACCGCCGCAGCGCACCCGGCGAUAACCUACCAUUUCGAUAACUUGCUGAACUUUCGUGAUGUUGGGACCCAUGUCAACACACUCAUGGAACGCACCGUGCUGCGGACUGGACUUCUGUUCAGAAGUGCUCGACCCGAUGAAGCCAGCCAAUCUGACCGUGACCAGCUGGUAAACAAGUACCAUGUCAAGACCAUCAUUGAUCUCCGCUCGAAAACGGAGCACAUAAACGCAGCGAAGAAGCGGUCAGGGGUCGAUCCCAGUGUGAACUCAGCGGCAUUGUCCACAACCAACAAGGCUUUUGACAACGAAGUGAGACACCCCGUUGAGAUACCGGGCAUUCGAUACAAAUACAUCAAUCUUAACGGCAAGGGGUUUGAGCGACACCUCAUCUGGCAACUGAGAUAUACCAGCCUAGCCAAGCUGGUUUUCUUGAUGGCUCUUGGUUACCGAACAGAAGGUAUCUCGGUACUCGGGAAGGAGUUGAUGCUCCCACGCGGCCUGAUAGGUCUCGGCAUAGACACUCUCGAUUGCAGUGGUCCAGAAAUUAAAGAGGUAUUUGACGUCCUGGCCGACGCGGAUGCUUGGCCAGUCAUGAUCAACUGCACCCAAGGCAAAGAUAGAACUGGGAUAACAAUCCUUUUGGUGCUUGUGCUCUGCGGCGUCGACCUCGGGGCUAUUACCCAAGAUUACGUGAAGUCUGAAGAAGAGCUUGAGCCAGAGAAGGCUGAAAGAAUGACGGAGAUUCAGAGCAUCGGCUUGGACGAGUCGUUUGCGACAUGCCCCCCAGACUUUUGUGGGAAGGUUGUCCAGCAUCUCGAAUCUAAAUACGGCGGUAUCGACAGUUACCUUGCCAAAAUCAGUGUUGACACCACUCAUUCCGAACGUGUCCGCCAGAUCCUCAAGGCCAAUGGUUGA